AUGAAUCGGAAUUCAUCUAGUGAAGAGUUAACAAAAUCGAAACCAUCUACUUCAUCCAAUGAGAAAGGAACCAGUGAUUUACUUGCUUGGGAUCCCCUGUUUGGUGGUCUUUCUCUUGAUUCAUCUUCAGCUUCACUAACAUCAUCAACAUCAGCCAGGCCCACAACUCCUCUUUCUGUAGGCACCAUUGUCCCACCUCCAAGGCCUGCUUCCAGACCAAAGCUUACUUCAGGCAAACUCAGUGGGAUUAAUGAAAUACCCAGGCCAUUCAGCCCACCUGUAACUUCCAAUACCAGCCCACCUCCUGCUGCUCCAUUAGCCCGGGCAGAAAGUUCUUCCUCUAUCUCCUCUUCUGCUUCAUUGAGUGCUGCCAAUACUCCCACAGUAGGUGUGUCACGAGGUCCCAGCCCUGUCAGCCUUGGAAAUCAGGACACCUUACCUGUGGCAGUCGCCCUUACAGAAUCUGUUAAUGCUUACUUUAAAGGAGCAGAUCCCACCAAGUGUAUUGUGAAGAUCACUGGUGACAUGACAAUAUCAUUUCCAAGUGGGAUUAUUAAAGUCUUCACUAGCAAUCCAGCUCCAGCUGUGCUGUGCUUCAGGGUGAAAAAUAUCAGCAGACUAGAGCAAAUUCUUCCAAAUGCGCAACUUGUGUUCAGUGAUCCAUCACAGUGUGAUUCUAACACAAAAGAUUUUUGGAUGAACAUGCAAGCUGUUACUGUCUACCUCAAGAAACUAUCAGAGCAAAAUCCAGCUGCCUCUUAUUAUAAUGUAGAUGUAUUAAAGUAUCAGGUAUCAUCAAAUGGUAUUCAGUCUACACCUCUAAAUCUUGCCACAUACUGGAAAUGUAGUGCUGGCACCACAGAUCUUAGAGUGGAUUAUAAGUACAACCCAGAAGCUAUGGUGAUACCUAGUGUGCUUUCCAACAUACAGGUGGUGGUACCUGUGGAUGGAGGGGUCACAAACAUGCAGUCCCUUCCUCCUGCAAUAUGGAAUGCAGAACAGAUGAAGGCCUUUUGGAAACUGUCUGGUGUUUCAGAAAAAUCAGAAAAUGGAGGUUCUGGGACUCUAAGAGCAAAAUUUGAUCUUUCAGAAGGACCCAGUAAACCGACAACACUUGCAGUGCAAUUCCUCAGCGAGGGAAGUACUCUCUCAGGAGUGGAUAUUGAACUUGUAGGCACUGGCUAUAGGCUUUCCUUAGUAAAGAAGCGGUUUGCCACUGGACGAUACCUGGCAGAUUGUUGA